AUGCUGAGGCCUUCUCCCGUUCUGACCCCUCCCUCCGCAAACGGCUCGCCGACAGCCUUUCGCUAUGCCCCGGCACACUCGCCGCCUCCCCCUUCGCCCCGAUCGACCGCGCCCCCAGCGGCGCCAAUAGGAACACCAACACGCUCCGCGGCCACCGCCUCCCUGGCCUCGAGCCCGCGUUUGAUAGCCUCCCCGCGAUCACGGAACCGAGCGCGAUCCCUCGCCACCAUGGCUGUGUCCGACACCAUCGUUGGCCCGUCUUCUGCCGCCACGCCUUCCACGCCUUCCACGCCCGCCUCAGAUGCCAAGAUUGCCACCACCCGCAUGCAUGGCCAGCAGUCGGGUCCCGUGGCUGCAGAUGACGGUUCGGCUACCGCCGGCGCCAAGCAGCACACCGCCGCACCACCGACUUCGCAGCGAUCCUUGUCCGAUGCCACAUCCAACGGUAGCGCCCUCACGCAUGCCUCCCCCUCCAAGCGCCGCGGCGAAGAAAUCGAAAGCCAUGCCGCCAUGUCCCAGCCCGCAGCCUCUCAAGGCGACUCCACACAGCCCGCAAAGCGUGCCCGUCCAGAUGAGCAGCCUCCCAAGGUCCUGCCGGCCCGGUACGAGCUGUGUCCGGUCGACGACAUGGUCGAGCUCAUCUCCCACAUGCUUAACGAGCUCAUCGCCACCAACGAUGCCAUUCGCACCACUAGCGGUGGUCUGACCCGGUUUCACUCUAGAUUAGCAAAGCACGCCACGCUUAUACCGCCGCUUUUGCUCUCCAUGGUUUACUAUAUUGACCGCCUCUGCGCUCUCUAUCCAGAGUUUACCAUCAACACUUUAACUGUGCAUCGUUUCCUCAUAACCGCCGCCACCGUCGCCGCCAAGGGCCUCUCCGACGCCUUCUGGAACAACACAACUUACGCCCGCGUUGGCGGUGUACGCCUUGCGGAGCUGAAGAUGCUCGAGCUCGAGUUUCUCUACCGUGUCGACUGGAGGAUCGUGCCCAAUCCAGAAGUGCUGGUUGCCUACUACCGCGGCCUGGUCGAGCGUACCCCGGGUUAUGUCCUUGAGGGGGAAGGCUCCGAUGACAUGGACAAUGGCGUCCCGAAGAGUGAUGGCAACGGUGAAUAG